UGGCAUCCACCCCAUAUGACCUUAUCUUACAACAUAUAUGAGAACAACACAAGGACCCAUGUUGAAGCAAACAAAAACAUGGAUUAUUGCACCAUCCUACUCCAUGUUAUCUUCUCUUCCAAAGCCAAACACUUCUCUUCACAACAAUCUAAUUACAAGCCCUGCAAUCAAAUCUCUAAAGCUGAGCAGGACCCGAGUGCCAGUUUCAUGGCUUCGCUGCAGUGCAAGGAGGAGAGUGAGAUAUGAGGAUGAAAAUGAUGACGACGACGACGAUGAGUACGGACAUAAUGAGGAGAUUGCAAUUCUAGAAUUCUAUAGUCAGUCUGCUAGAGAAGAAGCACUACUUGUGCAUGCUGCUGUAGACGAACAAGAAGCAGAAGUGCUCAUCUUCAAGGGAUUCUCUUCGUGUUUGAGCUACAAGACUUCACCGGACCCAUCAAAGAGUGUACUUCCGGCGAGGGCAGUGAUAAAAUCCAUAGACAGAAUCAAGGGUCCUUUUGACCCCUCCAAUAUUGAGUAUUUAGAGAAAGGCUUAACAUGGCAAGCCUUUAAAGCCCGUUUUGCCCCAACUUGACUUUGUAAAAUCGUAAAUUGGAACCUCUGCAAUUGACCAUUUUGGAACUUCUGUUUUCAUCAUGCUUAUUCUCUACUUCAACCUUUAUUCGCCCACUUGCUAGCUACAAAUAAAUGGCAAUUGUUUCAAUUAUUUGGA